GAGCAAGUAAUGCAAGUUCUGUUGUUCUAAAAGACUGAUGAAAAAAAGAAACACGAUAGAAUCAAGUAGACCGUAAGGAACGCAGAUUUUGCUUAUCAAAGGAACUCGAAACUAAGCAUUUUCAUGUGCAUGUGUACAUGAGCUCUACAUGAAACUACAAUUCAAUAUCCAAACAAACUCUUUCAUGUUGAUCAGCAUAAUCGAAAACCUAUAUUCGAAGUAUUUUUUUCGCUUUUUAGCGAAAAAUGUCCUACAUGAAAUUCCUUUCUUAAAAGGCCUCGGGUCUUUCAAGGAAGCGAAAUCUAGAAAUUGCUUAGAUACCAAUGUGAAGAGGGCAUGUCGGGGUGCAAACCUAGCUAAAAAAAUUCCCUCUAAUAAAUUCACCAAUUUGUCUUUAAUUUCGUACACUACAACUGGUCUGAAAAAGUACCUAGAAAGAUCACGUUCCCACGUUGGCAUGUGCCCCCGACUGUCGUCUAUUGAACUCUGAAAACCGCAGGUCGCUAUGACUUUCCAUUCAAAAGUUAUAAGCUUUUCUUCCACCGGCCUUCUUUAAAAAUUCCGAUAGUAGUUCGGAUCAUCUUUAUUAUCCAACAAAAUCAAAUUCAAUGCCACCACCACCACUUCCACCAUCUAUAUAA